AUUAGGCACAGGAAACACCAAACUCCCCCAUUCGCUUCAAUGGCGUUCUCUCUUUCUUGCUCCUUCAACGUUUCCAUCACUCGCGACUCAUCUCCCACUCUCUUCCCAACCCUUUCUUCCAUUCCUUCCUUCCAUCGCGCCACGUCACAGCACUCAACAACUUCCCCAAUCACGUGCUUCUCAAAGAAACACCACCACCACCACCACAACCACAUCACGAAGGAACUCAUAUACCAGCAUGACACGUCAGCACCAACGAUUGGUGAGAGGAUAAUGAACCAGCUAUUCAAAAGCGCGAUUCCUAUCAUAGUUUGUUCAGUUCAGAUUACACUUUUGUUACCGUUUUCGGAUUCGUUGUCGUAUGUGUCUCCUGCUGCGAAGGCUGUUCUGUAUUCGCCAGAUACUAAGGUUCCCAGAACAGGUGAAGUUGCUCUCAGGAAAGCCAUUCCUGCAAACGCUAACAUGAAGGCUAUUCAGGACACUCUCGAAGAUAUUUCGUACCUGUUGAGGAUUCCGCAGAGGAAACCUUAUGGAACAAUGGAGGGGAAUGUGAAGAAAGCUUUGAAGAUAGCGGUUGAUGAGAAGGAUUCUAUAUUGGCUAGUAUACCAGCGGAACUGAAGGAAAGGGGUACUAUGGUACAUGCAACUCUAAUAGAUGGGAAGGGGGGUUUGCAAGCUCUCCUUCAAUCUAUAAAGGAGCAGGAUGCAGAUAAAGUGUCAAUGAACCUUGCAUCUACACUGGAUACUGUAGCAGAGGUAGAGUUAUUACAGGCACCGGGAUUAUCUUUUCUGUUGCCGAAGCAAUACAUGCAAUAUCCACGGCUUUCAGGGAGAGGGACUGUUGAGUUUACCAUUGAGAAAGGAGAUGGUUCUACAUUUUCUCCAGUUGGGGGAGAACAGAGAAAUACGGCCACCAUCCAGGUAUAA